AUGCAGGGUUCUGCCUUCAGUCCGCCCCUAGACGAGGCCGCCCUCGCCGCGGGGGACGUCUUCGUGCAGUCUGCAUCCUUGGUGCGCGCUUCUGACUCGACCGCGCCAGGCGCCGCAGACCUGCCCGCGGACUCACAUGAAGGAGCGUGGACGCGCGCACGCGGCGGCUGCGGGCCGCCAGAAGCUGUGGACGUCGUCGCGCUGUGGGAAGCCGCUGGGGAGGAGGAGACAGAAACAAGCCUUCUGACGGCUGACCUCGAGAUCGAGACAGGCGGGACAGCGGCCUCGGCGCUCGUCGGCGCCUCUGCGAUCCCCUCCCGGGCCUCUGCUUCGCGGAUUCCGGUAGACGAAAGGCGCGGGACUUCGGGGGGCGAGUGUGGCGUCGCUCCAGGUGUACAUACACCCGGAGUGGAUUCGCCCUCGGCAGGUCAAGCCCCGGGAGACCGCUUCAGCGCGAGGGCCGAGGGGCGGGAGGCCGCGGGGAGAGCGAGUCCGAGCGCGCAGGCGGCCUUUGCCGCGUUCGACGUGCCUGCUGGGGGGGAGGAAGAAGAGGGAGAGAAAAUCCUGCGAGAGCUGCGCAGGGGUGGCACGGAGGAAGGCGAUUUUGGCGGGGCGGCGGGGAGCCGGCAGGACGGGGCGGCACGCGCCAAAGGCGAGGCGCGCGGUGCGGCUUUCGCCGAAGAAUUCGAGAAGCGGGAUCACGCAGGAGGCGAGAACGACGCCUUUGCGUUCGACGUCGACUGGAUCUGCGCCUCCUCCGCGAUGUCCAUGCAGGCGCCACACGCGGGCGCGGACUGGGGGGACGGAGGGCCCUCGAGUGGAGACAAGAAUGCGCCUUGGUGGCAAGCCGAGGAAGAUGGAUGGCAGAGUUUUCAGUCUGCAGCGCCUGCCGUUGAGCCUUCGCCCUUCGUGGGGCCGCGGCAGGCGUUGUUUGAGUCCGUCUUUCCUGAUUCGCUGUCGAGUUCGGAUCCGUUGCGAGACGCUCGGGUCAACUCCCUCGAAUCUGGGAAGCUCUCGCGCAGGCUGUCGUCUUCCGCGCGGUCGGCGGGCGAGCGCGAGGCCGACUCGCCCUUCGCCUUCUCCCUCCCGACCGACUCUGCACUGUCGCAGCGCGCCCUCACCCUCGCGACGGCCUCGUCCUCUCCACCGCAGCCGGUCCCUGCGCCGGCUCCCCCGGGAUGGCGUGUCCUCGCGGGGCGGCGUCAGCGCCCUCGGCUCAUGUGGAUACUGGCGCUGGCGGACUGGGAGGGCGACCGCGAGGCGCGGAGCACGACGGUAGGGCGUCUGACCGCGGUGCUGGCGGCCGUGCUGGCGGCGACAGUGGAGCAGAGCGUCGCAGUCACACGCAAGACGACAAAGUACCUCCGCGCCCGGGCCAAGGCGGAGGGCGACUUCGCGAAGCUGCUGCGGCAGUGCGUCGCGUCGGGACGCAUCAAACACGAGCAAAACCCGUUCUCGCUGCUCCAGGCGAAGACCGCCGUCGACCCCUUUGACGCGCAGCGAGAGAAAAAACCCGCAGAGGCCGGCGCCUUCCAAAGCGAGAAGACGACCCGGGAGCUACGGAAGCGGGCGGAGGACGCAGCCCCAGAGAGUGGCGCGUGCUCGGACCCGACGGCGCGCAGCGGCGACGCGGCAGGCCGCGGGCCGACAGCGCGAGAAGGAAUCCGGGAGAGCGCGUUCGGCGGCGAGGGAGACGCGACGAGCCGCCGCCGAAGGAGUUUGUCGUCGUGCGCAAAUGCAGAGGAGACACGCCAGCGAUCCACGUUUUUCUCCUCGUGCGCGGUGGACGCUUUGAAGAAAGAGUCCCACUCAGGUGUAGGGACGCCGCCGGACGGUGAGCGGAGGACCAGCGACGGCGCGGAGUGCAGAAAACGUUCUUCGGUCUCCUCAGAAGGAGGCCGGAAGCGAACCGGGGCGCUGUUUUUCUUUCCUGACUUCUCGUCCUCUCUGCGCGAGCGGAUGCGAAGAAAAGGCGACGAGACAGGGCGAACUUCGUCUCGCGUCUCCGUGGAGGGCGAACCCGGCGACGGGGAAGUUGACGAGCGAGACCGCCAGCGCCUCGCGACCCGUCAGCCUACUCUUUCCACAGAAAAAAAAGACGAUGCUCUCACUGGAGAACGAGGCCGGCAGAGCGAAGACGCCCACAGUGCGUCUUUCGGGUCGACGUACGAAGACAUGCCGAUCGAUUCUUUUGCGGAGUCGUCUUCUUUCAACGACACAGAUGGAAAAGAGGAAAUCUCGUUCUCAACACAGCACGCUUACGCCACACCGUCGUCUGAUCCGCGCUCCAUAUCUUCCUCCUCGUCUUCGCUGCCUCCGUCCUCCCUCACGUCUGGCCCGUUCACGGCGUGCUCCGACACGUCGACGGCGUCGACGGGUUGCCCGCUUUCUGGCGCGUGGAAGUCUGCGGAGACAGGUGUCUCUUCCGACCCGGACCGGGCCCGACCCGUAUCGGCCCCCGGAACGGGGGUUCUGGCGGGCGGCUCGGAGACACCACCAGGGGGGGCGUCGGGGGACGACGCGAAGGGCGGGAAGCGCCCGGGGCACCGGGGGCCCGCGGGCGGCGUGUCGUGGCAGAAGGCCAACAAGUGGGGAUCUGCAGCGUCGUUUCUGUCGCAGCUCACUCCGCAGUUUGGUCGGCCUUCGCUCGGCUCGACGGGGCACGAGUCUGGGUCUGGCAGAAGCGGCUCGACCGCCGCAAAGAAAACUAGCUCCUCGGGGGACGGCUUGUCCGUCGGGGACAGGAAAAAGAGUGCGUCGGCGACCAGCCUGGGCGGGUGUGCAGGCGGCGCAGGCGAAGACAGUCAGCGGGGAGGCGCGGAGGGCGACGCAGGGGCGGAGGCCGAGACGGGCUUGUCCAGAAGGGAAAUCGAAAAAGGCAAGGGCUCCGACGAGGACAAGAAGGGCGAGAGCGAGAAGAAACGGCAACUGGUCGUGUGUGGGCAGACCCAGCAGGCCGUGCAGGACACGCUCUUCCCUUCGAUGUCCUCCAGCUCCUGGCUCCUCGGCCUCCUCGAAAUGAAUCAACAGACAGCACUGCAAAGCGAACUCCUCGGCAGCUUUGUCGACGCCGAGCUCGUGCAGAACUUUCUUCAAAAGCUCUGCACCGAGUACCAGCGGACGGCAGCGAAGCACCUCGACACCGUCAAGAAGUAUCGCCUGCAGGCCCUGAAAGCCGAUGAGGCCUGCCGGCAGGCGUGGAUUACGUACGAACAAGCCUGUGAAGAGUCUUCCCGGGACACUCUCCACGCGUUGAACACAGGCGAAGGCCAGGCCGGUGGAGCCCAAGGGACCGGGCCCGCAGGCGGCGCGACCGGCGGGGCAGGGGCGACCCGCAAGAGCCCUCAGUGCACUUGGUUGCUUGAGCGGAAGUUCGCGGCGGCAGCUCAGAAAGCUCAACAGGAGGAGCUCAUCCACGUGCGGGCGCUUCUCUGCUGCCUCUUUGAACUCCAGUGCUUGGAAAAGUGGCGCUGCGACACGCUGCGGCAUGUGCUUCAGUCGUUCCUCCUGAAGCUUCAAAGUUGCCUCUCCGUCGUCCUUCUAACUCUCGACAGAGUCUCAGACAUCCUCGAGUCGCCUUCCUCUGCGUUUUCGACUUCGAGAAGAGACUCGCUUCUGUUUUCUCCUUCGUCUCCGGACUUUGGGCUCGUCUCCUCGGCCGAGGUCGUGCGCCGGCUGCCGCCAGCAGGGGCGGGCGGCUUUGCGCCCUUCUCGUCGGGUGUGGCGGCUCGCCCGGCGCUCAGCUCUUCGCCGGCGUCGGCCGUUUCUCAGAUCGCCGACCGCCUGCGGCAGAGUCAGCAGGAGAAUGCGUAUCUGCUUCGCGAGAAGCGCCGCGAGCUGUGGUGCACCAAGGACUUUCCCGCGUACGUCUCCGCGCAGGGACCGGCGCUCGACGGCAGCUUGGCGUCGCGCGGCCUCGAAAGCACCUCCCCGCCGAGCUCACCUUCCUUCGGAGCGGGCGGCGGCGUGGAGCGCCUCGAGCGGCGCAGGCGCAGCGAGAAGAGCGCCAAGCGCUCCCGAGCGCGCACCCGACAGAGCGCGUCCUACUCGAAGCCGACGCACAGCGACCUCGUGGACACGGCGCAGUUCGCCGAUGUUCCAGAUGGCGCGUCGACCGAGGAAGAAGCCGAGCGCGCGCGCAGUGGGCGCCGCGAGGAAGGGCCCGACGACUUCGGAGACGCUGCUCCCUCCGGCACCCUGCUGAGCCGGCGCAGCGCCGCCCGCGGGCGAAGGAGACGCGCAGACGAAGCGAGCGGAAGCGACGGAGAAGGCCGAGCAGACGACGGCAGACAAGGAGCGGACGACAGAGGACACCGACUGAGCGAACAUGAGGCGCUUGGUGGCUCCCCUCGCGCCGGGAGAGACGCGUACGCGCCAGAGCGAGAGGAGCCCGUCUCGAGACAGGCGCAGACGGCGGAGAGCCUCGGGGCGUCGCGCGCCUUCUCCGCCGCGGGCGAGGAACGCGCCGCCGCGCCAGGCGUGGAGAGAGACAAAGACCGACGCAGGCGACCCACCGAGGAGGAACACGAGGAUGUCAACGCGGUGCGCUCGCUUCUGAAAAGCUGCGGUCUGUUUGACGCGGUUUCGGCGGAGGGGCGGGCGUUCGUGGACGCGCUGACGCUGCCGGCGUGCGUGAAGUGCCCGCUGAUUGCUCAGUUGGCGAAGCAGCUGCAGUAUGGCCCGCUGCCUGCGAGUCACCUGGUCUUCAAGGAGGCGCUGGUGGAGCGGCAGGCCGGGGCGGGCGGCGCGGGCAGCGCCUUCUCGGGCUUCUCGCACAAGUGGCGCGCAGGCUACCUCUUGCUCACCUGGGACCGCUUCCUUCACAUGUUCAAGCAGUCGGACGACGCACUCGAGGCACGCUCCGCCUGCUGGAGCAUCUGCCUCGCCAAGGCCGAGGUCCGCAAGUGCAAGAUGCGAGACCAGAAGGUGGCGACGAUUGAAAUCCGAGAGAGGCGGAAGCGCUUCUUCUCCGCGCGCUCGUCCUGCGUGUUUCGGCCGCCGACCGCCCGCGAGUGCGACGAGUGGAUGUCUGCGCUCAAAACCAUCGGCGACGACAAGUUGUUCUUUGAGGCUGCGGCGAAGCGCGCGACGAAUCUGCGGCCGUCAAGACUCGCCCUGGCUACUCCCACGCGACGACGCGGUUCGUCCUCGCGCAGUCCGCGUCUGUGGGGGGAUGGCGGGAUUUGUUUGAUUUCCUCGUUGGCGGCUGCUUGCCCGGUGGACACGCUGUCUCCGGAGAGCAGCGCGACGAUCGAUGAGACCUCCAUGGGCGAAGCUUCGCGCUGUUCCUCGCCGACUUGGGCCCUGCCCCCCGCGUUUCACGACAAAACGCUUGCGUCCUUUCCUCUGUUUCCAGUUGCGCAGGAAGGCCAGGAGCGCGAGCGCGAGAGAGGCUGCGCAGGGCAGGAGGAGGCGUUCGAUCGACACAGUGCCUUUUCUGCCUCGAUGUCUCCAUUCGAGUUCCGCCGGCGACAAAGCCACUCGCUGUCUUCUGCCUGCUCGCCCACGUCGCCUGCGUCAGUGCGAGGCGCGCGCGUGCGGGGCUGCGAGCUGCUCGACGGAAGGCUCCUGCGCGAGAGCCUCGGCCGAGAGCAUGGCGCGGGAGAGAACGGCAGCGUCCACCAGGCGUCUCAGAAAAACGGAGAAAUACACCUUUUCGCAGAGGAUUCAGGUCGCUCGCCGCAUACCGCCUCACACCGAAUGCGGCUAGACGGUGAACGAGACGGCUGA